AGAGGCGUAAGGAGCUAAUCUCAGCCAUGGCUCCUCACGCGCUUCUCGUUCCUUUUCCUGCACAAGGUCACAUUAAUCCCAUGAUGCAGCUCGCCUGGAAGCUCGUCUCUCAUGGAUUCCUUGUCACUUUCCUCAACUCCGACAGCAAUCAUAACCGUAUGCUCAAAGCCAACACUCUAAAUUCCUUGCGUGAUAACAUCAGAAUGAUAUCUGUUCCCUUCCAAUUCCCAGCUAUGGAUACUCCAGAACGUCUUGCAAACACUAUGGAGUUGUUGGAAAAGGGCAUGGGGCCUUCUGUAAUCGAUCAAGUUGUUCAGGAAAUAAACGCCAAGGAAGAAGAAAACAAGGUCACCUGUAUAAUUGCGGACGUCUGGAUGUGCUUUGGCUUACAGCCGGUAGCCAUGCUCCAUAAAGUUUCCCUCGCCUUUUUUCACACUGGUUACGUUUCACUCUUCGCCAUUCUCCACAUUACUGCCAAUUGGGUCUCGCAUGGCAUCCUUCCUUCAGAUGGAAUUCCGAAGGAAGAUAAAACAAUUCAAUAUCUUCCCUCCAUGCCGCCGCUGCAUCCUGGAGAGCUUCAUCGGUACUGGGCAGGCGAAUACAUGUUUCGGAAAGGGAUUCGCAUGGCAGAGGAAAUCAAGCACACUAAAUGGAUGCUCUUCAAUUCUUUCUUAGAGAUUGAAGCUCCAGUAGUCGAAACAUUGUCCAAAGAAGUGGGCGUGUAUCCAAUAGGCCCUCUAAUUGCUCCUGAGUUUCUCAAAUGCACGACGAGCACUAAGGUCCAACCAAGUUUCUGGAAAGAUGAGACGGAAUGCUUACAAUGGUUAGAUAAACAGUGUGCCCGCUCUGUGAUCUACAUAUCUUUCGGAAGUUCUACAGUUCUGAGCGAAAAGCAAGUGGAAGAACUUGCUCUGGGAGUCGAGGCCACCCAGAGGCCAUUUCUGUGGGUUGUGCGCUCCAAUCUAAUGAGAGGAAGCAAACCUGUUUUACCUGCUGAUUUCUUGGAGCGAGUAAGAGAUAGGGGUUACAUAGUUUCGUGGGCGUCACAGUUAGAGGUGUUAUCUCAUCCUUCCGUAGCCUGUUUUGUGACUCACUGUGGGUGGAACUCUGUGCAGGAAAGCAUCACCAUGGGCGUGCCCAUGCUUUGUUGGCCUUAUAUCGCAGACCAGUUUCUUAACAGCAUGUAUGUUGUGGAUGUGUGGAAAUUGGGUUUGCCAUUAAAUGCGAAUAGUCAAGGAAUUCUAGAGAAGGGGGAGUUUGUGAAAAGUGUAGAGAUUUUGCUGGAAUCGAAACAAGGCCUGGAGAUAAUAGAGGAGUCCAGAAAGUUGAAGAUAAUUGCUAGGGAUGUAAUCGAGGAGGGGGGCUCCUCGUGGAUUAACUUUAAUCUAUUUGUCACGGUCAUGAAGCGACCACCGAAUGAAUAACUUGCUUUCUGGAUCGAAUGAUUUGCUUUCUGGAUCGAUUGUUUUGUUUGCUUUCUGAUCAGGUCGUCCCUUGGGUCAUCUAUGUGGUUACAACACAUUCUUUCUUGUUCAGCAAUCUGUUUUAAAAUCAAACAAUGUUGUGCUAAAGGCUAUUUUGUUAAGAAAUGGGCCUUACUUAGGUAGUAAUCAUGUUUUCA